AAAGUAAGAAUGGAAGCUCAUGCAAAGUUUGCAGUGCUAUGGCAUCUCACCCGUGACCUUCAUAUUAACAAGUCUUCUUCCUUUGGCCGUACCUUUGACAGAUCUUUGUUUAUCAUGCUGGACAGCCUCAAUAGCUUGGAUGGAUCUACAUGGUCAGUGGGACAAGCCUGGUUAAACCAAGUGCUUCAAAGGCAUGAUAUUGCAAGGGUUCUUGAACCUUUGCUCCUACUGCUUCUCCAUCCAAAAACUCAGCGAGUUUCUGUUCAGCGGGUACAGGCUGAAUGUUACUGGACUAAAUCUCCCUAUCACCCUGAAGAAGAAAAUGAAAAGCACUUCAUGCAGAAGUUUAGCUGUGCCGAUGCAUUUUCCCAGGUGCCUGUAAGCCAAGGACAACUUAUCAUACCUAAAGAAGGCAAUGAAAAACAGCUUGCUAUGGAUGAAAUGGAGAACUUCAGCCUGACUGUCAACCCUCUGAGUGACAGGCUUUCCUUGUUAAGUACCAGCAGCGAGACCAUACCCAUGGUUGUGUCCGACUUUGACCUUCCUGACCAUCAAGUUGAAAUACUGCAGAGUUCUGACUCUGGCUGUUCUCGGUCGUCCACUGGAGACAACAUCAGUUCUGAAGUGGAAACAGAAAGCCUGAGUGCUCAAGAUAGCUCUCAGACUCUGAGAGAAGACUCACCUGAUGAAAUUGUGCAACAGGUAGUGACAGAUCUUAUAUGCAGAGUUGUAAGUGGUCUUGAAGAAGAGGCUGAACCAGUUAAACAUAGUUUACACUCUGAGGAUGCUUCAUGUAAAUUCGGUCCUUUGGAUAACUCUGCAGAGGUGACAAAAAAUGAAGAUCAAAAUCUUCAAAGUAGCCAGAGUAGUUUGCUCAGUAAUGACAGCUCCCAACUGCUGUCAACCUCAACUGAGACUGGUCUUGAGAGCUUAAGAGAUGAAAUUUCAGGAAAUAACUCUUCACCCUGUAUUGCAGAAAGCCAGCACUCCCUCUCUGAUCUCACUCUUGCUUCUGGAAAGCGAAGCCACAGUAGUAUUCAGUUCAGCUUUAAAGGAAAGCUACCAGAAAAAAUGUCAGAAAAAGAAACAAUUGUUAAAGAGGCUGGUAAACAACCAGGGGCAAAACCUAAGGUGAAAAUAGCCAAAAAGAAAGAUGAAGAGAAGAAGAAGGCACAGACAGAAAAACUUAAACAAACGAAUGUCUUCUUCAGUGAUGGUCUUGAUUUAGAAAACUGGUACAGUUGUGGAGAAGGAGAAAUUUCCGAAAUAGAAAGUGAUGUAGGGUCCCCAGGAAUGCGGAAAUCUCCCAACUUCAAUAUCCAUCCGUUGUAUCAACAUGUACUGCUUUAUCUUCAGCUGUAUGACUCUUCAAGGACAUUGUAUGCUUUCUCUGCGAUUAAAGCAGUUCUGAAAACUAAUCCUUCAGCUUUUGUAAGUGCUAUCUCCACUACGAGUGUCAACAAUGCGUACACUCCCCAGCUUUCGUUGCUCCAGAAUCUUCUAGCCAGGCAUCGAAUAUCUGUUAUGGGGAAGGAUUUCUAUAGUCACAUCCCAGUCGAUUCGAACCAUAACUUUCGGAGCUCCAUGUACAUAGAAAUUCUUAUCUCCUUGUGUUUAUACUACAUGCGGAGCCACUACCCGACUCACGUUAAAGUAACCUCGCAAGACCUAAUAGGAAACCGUAACAUGCAAAUGAUGAGUAUAGAAAUACUGACCCUUCUCUUUGCUGAGUUGGCAAAAGUGAUAGAAAGCUCUGCCAAGGGCUUCCCUAGUUUCAUUUCAGACAUGUUGUCCAAGUGCAAGGUUCAGAAGGUGAUCCUGCAUUGUCUGCUCUCUUCUAUCUUCAGCGCACAGAAAUGGCACAGUGAAAAAGUAGCUGGAAAAAACAUGGUGGCUGUGGAAGAAGGUUUCUCCGAAGACAGCCUUAUAAAUUUUUCUGAAGAUGAAUUUGACAAUGGCAGUACUCUGCAGUCACAGCUUUUAAAAGUACUCCAGCGGCUGAUUGUGCUGGAACACAGAGUAAUGACUGUGCCUGAGGAAAAUGAAGUGGGCUUUGACUUUGUCAUUACAGACUUGGAGCACAUCGGUCCCCAGCAGCCAAUGACUUCUCUUCAGUAUUUACAUUCCCAGCCGAUAACCUGCCAAGGCAUGUUUCUCUGCGCGGUGAUACGAGCUUUACACCAGCACUGUGCCUGCAAAAUGCAUCCCCAGUGGAUCGGCCUUAUCACUUCUACGUUGCCUUACAUGGGGAAAGUUCUGCAAAGGGUGGUUGUUUCAGUGACCCUUCAGCUCUGCAGGAACUUGGAUAAUUUAAUUCAGCAGUAUAAAUAUGAAACGGGAUUAUCUGAUAAUAGGCCUCUCUGGAUGGCAUCGGUCACUCCCCCAGAUAUGGUUCUUACAGUAUUAGAAGGGAUCACAACAAUCAUUCAUUACUGUCUCCUGGAUCCAUCCACGCAGUAUCAUCAGCUUUUGGUUAAUGUAGAUCAGAAGCACUUGAUUGAAGCACGCAAUGGGAUCCUCUCUAUCCUGCAUAUGAUCAUGUCUUCUGUGACUUUACUGUGGAGCAUCCUUCACCUUGCAGAUUCUUCGGAGAAAACUACUGCUGCUGCUGCUGCAUCCAUUACCACAAUCAAUCUUGGGUCAACAAAGAACUUGAGGCAGCAGAUUCUUGAACUUUUGGGUCCAAUUUCAAUGAAUCACGGAGUUCACUUCAUGGCUGCUAUUGCAUUUGUAUGGAAUGAAAGGAGGCAAAAUAAAAAUGCUUCUAGGACAAAGGUCAUUCCUACAGCAGGUGAAGAACAACUUCUACUGGUCGAGCUAGUUCGCUCUAUCAGUGUCAUGAGAACAGAGACCGUUAUACAAACAGUUAAAGAAGUUUUGAAGCAGCCUCCAGCCAUAGCAAAAGACAAGAAACAUCUUUCACUGGAAGUCUGCAUGUUGCAGUUUUUCUAUGCUUACACUCAAAGGAUUCCAGUGACCAGCUUGGUAGAUAGCUGGGCAGCGCUGCUGCUUCUCUUAAAAGAUUCCAUCCAAGUUGGUCUUCCAGCUCCAGGUCAAUUCCUCAUACUUGGUGUUCUUAAUGAGUUCAUUAUGAAAAACCCAAGCCUGGAGAAUAAGAAAGAUCAGAGAGAUCUUCAGGAUGUAACGCACAAGAUAGUGGAUGCCAUUGGGGCAAUCGCUGGUUCUUCGCUGGAACAGACUACUUGGCUGAGACGCAACUUGGAGGUUAAGCCUUCCCCCAAGAUUAUGGUUGAUGGAAACAACUUAGAAUCGGAUGUUGAAGAUAUGUUGUCUCCAGCAAUGGAAACUUCAAACAUAACUCCAUCUGUUUAUAGUGUCCAUGCAUUGACCUUACUUUCUGAGGUUUUGGCUCAUCUCUUAGAUAUGGUUUUCUACAGUGAUGAAAAAGAGAGAGUUAUUCCUUUGCUUGUAAAUAUUAUGCACUAUGUUGUUCCCUACCUCCGUAAUCACAGUGCUCACAAUGCAUCCAGCUAUCGAGCCUGUGUUCAGUUAUUAAGCAGUCUUAGUGGCUAUCAGUAUACAAGGAGAGCAUGGAAAAAAGAAGCAUUUGACCUCUUUAUGGAUUCCAGUUUCUUCCAGAUGGAUGCUUCAUGUGUUAACCAUUGGAGAGCUAUUAUGGAUAAUUUGAUGACACAUGACAAAACCACAUUCAGAGAUUUGAUGACACGAGUGGCUGUGGCUCAGAGCAGUUCACUCAAUCUGUUUGCUAAUCGAGAUGUAGAACUGGAACAGCGCUCAAUGCUCCUGAAGAGACUGGCUUUUGCAAUUUUUAGUAGUGAGAUAGAUCAAUAUCAGAAGUACCUUCCAGACAUACAAGAAAGGCUGGUAGAAAGCCUCCGUUUGCCACAGGUGCCCACCCUUCACUCCCAAGUGUUCCUGUUUUUCAGAGUAUUGCUUUUAAGAAUGUCCCCACAGCACCUGACCUCGCUUUGGCCGACCAUGAUCACUGAACUGGUACGAGUGUUUUUACUGAUGGAACAGGAGCUCACUGCUGAUGAAGACAUUUCCAGAACUUCUGGCCCAUCUGUCGCUGGUCUGGAGACAACGUACACAGGCGGAAAUGGUUUCUCCACGUCCUACAAUAGCCAGAGAUGGUUGAACCUCUACUUGUCUGCUUGCAAAUUUCUGGAUCUGGCCCUGGCUUUACCAUCUGAAAACCUGCCUCAGUUUCAGAUGUAUCGUUGGGCUUUUAUUCCAGAAGCAUCAGAUGACUCAGGCUUAGAAGUACGAAGACAGGGAACACAUCAGAGGGAAUUCAAGCCUUAUGUGGUGCGUCUAGCAAAACUGCUGCGAAAAAAAGCAAAGGACAAACAGGAGGACUUUAAGACGGUGGUUUUGGAGGGAAUGGAGAUGGCCAAGCAUCAGAAAAACCCAGAGGAGGACAGCUCAGGGAAAACACUAAGUUGGGAGCCAGGUCACUUGCUUUUAACCAUCUACACCGUUCGCAGCAUUGAGCAGCUUCUGCCUUUCUUCAACGUACUCAGCCAAGUUUUUAACAGCAAAGUCACAAGCAGAUGCGUUGGACACUCAGGGAGCCCUGUCCUUUAUCCCAACUGUUUUCCGAAUAAGGACAUAAAAAUGGAGAACCUCAAGACCUUCUCCAGCAAAGCAAGACAAAAGAUAGAAGAAAUGGUUGAGAAGGAUUUUCUUGAAGGCGUCAUAAAAACAUGAACCAAACUGAUACUGCUCAGCUUAUAUGUAGUGUAACUAUUUAAAUAAAAAAAUGUAUCUUUCCCAGUUGUAUAGUAUUCUUUUCUUACUUUGUAUGUAAUGAAAUACUUAUUGUUGUAUUUAAGUUAAAUAUUUGUAAAUAAAAGUUCUGGAUGUGGCCUGAAUCAACUUUAAAUAUUGGUGGCUCAUAUUGAUUAUGGUGCCUACUCUUUACAGUACAUGUUUUGUUGUCUUGAGUUCUGUCUUUAAAAA